UCCAACUUCCGAAUAAACGAACAUCAUUGCCCUUUGCUGAGUAUCUCUCAAGCUAUUCUUCUCCAACAACUUUCGGAGAAAACAACAAUGGAUUUUCGCUGUUUUAUUUGAAUUUCCAUUAGAUUUCCCUCUAUUUUCUUUUCCUGAUUGUUGUUAAGAGAUGGAUUUUCAAUGCAUGAAGAGAAAAGAACUGCAGGCGUUGUGUAAAAAGCACGGCGUCCCUGCAAAUUUAACCAACCGUGAAAUGGCGAAUCAGUUGGCUUCCACUUUGAAGGAAAAUGAAGAGCUCGUUUCAUUAGAAAAGUUGAGCACAAAUCCGGAAGAAAUAGGUAGUGAAACUGGAGCUGAGGUUGCUAAAAGGAAGGCAAAGAAAGUAAGGUUUAGUCCUGAAAAUCAAACCAUUGUGUAUGAGGUUUCUGUCUAUAGGCGGCCUGGAAGAAGGUCUAGGAAGCAAAUGUUGUCCAAAAAUCCUGCCCAGGUUAUUGAAAAUGCUCCAAAAAGUGAAGAUAUUAGGAAAUCUGAGGACUGCCAAGUUAGAGUCACGAGGUCUAGAGUGCGAAAUACAGUUGAAGAUGAUGUACAUAUGGUUUCUACGCCUCCUGUUGGGAGGAAGAGAGGGAGAGGGGGCAUGAAGAAUAAAGAUGCUGAGAUGAUUAAUAUUGGUAAAUCUGAGGUGUUAGAAAUGGGUUACAGAGAUGAUGUCAAGAAUUGUAAUGAUGAAGUGACUGGUGGGGUAAGUAGGAGGCAGUUAAGAAGUAGGAAGAAUGUGACACAGGAAGAUUCAAAGAAGAGAAGGAAGGGUAAAGGAGGUAAUGAGGUUCAUUUGUUGGAUGAAAGCUCUGAAGAGAGUUGUGUUGUUUGUGAGGAUGUGAAAUCCAAAAAUGGCUCAAAGCAACCAACGAGGAAUGCCAGAAAGGAAGAUCAGUCUGUGGCAUUGAGCAAUGAAGUGGAAAAGGCUGAAGUUGUUUCUAGGGUAACACGGCAGUCAAGGGCAAAAUCAAGAAAUGUAGCUUCCAUGGUAAAAAGUAAAGUUAAAACAGUUGAGGUGCAGGGAAGAUGUGAAGAGAUUCUUCAACUCAAAGAACCUCAGAAAGGUAGAGCGAAAAAUGCUUUGAGGCAGAAUGCUGUGCCUCAAAGGGUGAGAGAUGAAAACAGUUUACUUGUGCUAGAAGGUGCUGAAGCAGAGAAGUCUUUGAGGCGAUCCAAACGUAAUGCGGAGAAAGAUUGUGUCAAAAGUGCUAAAGCAGUGCAAAGUGAAACUCAGGUAACUAAGGUUCCUGGAGGAGAUAUUGCCUUUCAAAAACCUCCAGAAUGUUUAAGCAGUUAUUCUUCCAGUGGAAAAAAUGUUGUGCGUGAGAGUGCUAAGAGGGGCAAUGAGGAAGAACUCAUGAAAAGGGGGACCAAAAAACGAACUAGGACUACUGACCUGGAUGCAAUUGUGGAACAUAGUGGUGAGAUUGAGAGGGCCGAGUAUGCCUUUACUUCUCAAGACCAAGCCCCUUUGAGGAGGAGCAGACGCAAUGCUGUAAUUCUAAACACUCCUGCUCCUGCUAAUGCUGAGUUGGCAAAUAAACCAGAUACUGGCAAAAUGUUGCAGUUCAGAGCACCAUUUGUAGGGAAAGACGUGACUGAAGAAUUACCUAGAAGGUCCAGUCGAAAUGCUUCUAGAUAUAAUUCACCAGGAGCCUCUAAAGAAGAUCAAAUUACUGUUUCCAAAAAAGACUCUGGAGUGAAGCAACAAAGCCAAGGGCCUAUUCUGGAAGAAGAGACUUCUGCUGGAGAGCAUCAGAACGCCCAAAAAAGAUCUAAUCGUAUUGCUUCCAGAAGUUCCUCUGUUGCACCUCCCUGUCCAGCUGCCAGUGUUGUCAAGAAAAAGCAACAACGCAAAUCUAGAAUGACAAUUAUAGAAGCAGCUGCACUUUCUGAGAGUCUUCUGGCUCCUGGAGAAUUACCAGCUGGUAAGGAUGAGUUAGUUGUAGAAGAUGGUGCAGGGAACAAAUAUGAUCUUGAUUUGAAUGUCAGCAAACAGACAGCCAAGAACUCUGAUAGAUGCUCUAACAAAAAGAGAAAGGGAUUGACGGAAGAUUCUGGAGCAAAGAAGCAGUAUGGAUUUGCAGAGGCCUCUCCUCUAUCUCUGGACUUGGAAGAACUCAAGGACUCUACUGGAGAUAUGGAGAAAACUCUGAUUAGAACAUCCAUGAAGUUCGUAGGCCUUUCUACAGACCAAGAAAUGCAUCAGGCUGCCCACAAAUCUAUGGUGGUUUAUGAGAAGGAAAGCAAUUUAGUGGAAGAUGACAGAGAGAAAUUGGCCAAUGGUGGCAAUGUUGAGAGUGAAGAGAAUUGUAUGUCAUGUAAGUCUGUCCAUACAAAAUGCAUACUGGAUGAUGCUAAAUGCUCAGACCUCAAACUCCUAGAAUUUGAAAGUAAACACGUGGUGGAGUUUUCUGGGAUGAUUUUUCCAGCAGAAAGCCAAGGGCAUGGAAUGUCUGAUCAAGAAAUGAAGAAAGAUAUAAAAGCGAUGGACGCACAUUCUGCGCAUGGAUCUUUGGUUGUUUACAAGGAGGAUAGAAGCCCCGUGGAAAGUGAGAAAGAUAGGUUGGUCCAGGUUGAUACUGCUGACAGUGAGAUAAAUUGUCAUGAGUUAAGUUGGUAUCUAACUGGAAGAGGUGCUGUUGAUGACAAAAAUUUGGUUGAAUCUAGCCAGGUAGAAUUUGAAAGUAAUGUUAUCAAUCUGGAUUCAUCUGAGAUAACUUCUCUAGCUAAUGGUUUUUCAUUAGCUGAUCAAAUGGAUCUUACAGGUGCAACCUCCACCGCCAUGCACCUAGAGACACAAUUGGAGACAGAGCCACCAAGGGGUGAAAACAUUAACUUUGCGAGUGAUAAUGCUGAAGAUAGCAGAACUUCUUUUGGAGAGGAUCAGAUCUUAGUGGAAUUGAAAGUUGCCAAUGUCACUGCUGCUGAACUUGUCAGGGAGGCAACUUUUAAGGAUCACCUGAAUGAAUUUGGUGAAAGUAGUGGUUUGAAGAGAGGGUCAGAACAUGCCCUCAAGAAAGUUGAAGAAAUGAUUGCUACUGAUUUUUCAGAUAGAGAAGGAAUUCCACACAUAGAAAGUUCUGACGAGGCUACUGAAAUUCAGGACUGUAGUGGUGAAUUCUAUUUUGCUAUCACUGAAACUGGUGCUCAAAAGACCACAGAAAUCCAGCAGAGCUCACAUAGCCACACUGCUGCCCCAGAAACUCCAUGUGGACCUGCGCCAGAAACCCAAGUCAAAGAAAAAACUUGCAGGUUUGAAGCUGCUGUUGAGACUUCAGGAAGUGGGAUGUCCAAUCAAGAAAUGAUUGAAGAUAUGAUUCCAGGAAAUUCACAUUGUGUCUGUGAAUCUGAAUUAAUCCAUAAGGAGAAUACCGGAUUGGCGAAAAAUGAUGAAAAGAUAAGGAUCGAUGAUGAUACUUUUGAGGGUGAAAUGAAAUAUCAGACUUGUCUGUCCUUGAAUGGAAAAGGUGCUAUUGAUGAUUAUAACUUGGUUGAACCUAGAAUGGUUGUUUGUCCUGAGAUAAAUUCUCCAGCUGAUGGCUCCUCUUCAGCUAGCCAAGCAGUCUUUGCAGGAAAAACUUCAAGUCAUAUAGAACAGGAGAAAAUAUUGGAGACAGAAGAACCAUUAACAGUGGAAACCAUGAACUCUAUAAAUGAUAAUAUGGAUGCUGAAAGAAGUAGAACUCCUACUGAGGAGGAUCAUAUAAAAGUGCAAUUAGAAGAUGCCAAUGCAAUUGCUGCUGAAUCAAUUGGGGAAAUAAUUUUCAAUGAUCUCCUGAAUGAACUUGGUGAAACUAUUGGUUUGAAGAGAGGGUCAGAAACUCCCUUGAAGAAAACUGAAAAAUUGAGUGCUACUGAGUUUUCUGAUGGGGAAGGAAUUUCUCUCCCCGAACCUUCCGCCAAGGCUUCUGAAAAGCAAGAUUAUAGAGCUGAAAUUGAUAUUGUUACCAAAAUAACUGGUACACCAAAUAUUACAGAAAUCAAGUGGAGUUCAAUUAGUGACACUACUACCUGCAGAACUCCAUUUGGACUUGCACCACAAAGCCAAGAUAAACUAUGCAAUGCUGGAAUUUCUGUCAGAAUAGCCAGAAGUGAAAUGUGCAAUCAAUAUGAGGAAACCAGUUUGGUGGAGGAUGACAAGGAGAUAGUGAUCCAGGAUGAUACCGUUGAGGGUGAAGUAAAAUAUCAACAUUUUCCGUCUUCAAAUAAAACAGGUGCUCUUGAUGAAGCUUUGGUUGAACCUAGAAUGGUUGAAUUUGAAAGCAAUGUUAACAACAUGAGUUGUUUUGAGAUGGCCUCUCCGGCUGAUGUUUGCUCUUCAGCCAGUCAAGCAAAUCUUGCAGGUGAAACUUCAAAUGAGUUAAAACUGGAGAAAGUAUUGGAAUCAGAAAAAUUAUCAACGGGUGAAAAUGUGAACAACGAAAGUGAUGAGGAGGUUGAAGAUGACAACAAUCCUGCUCAAGAGUAUCAGAAUUCAAAGCAACUAGAACAUGCCACCAUGACUGCAGCUCAACCAGUUCAGGGGAUAGUUGUCUGUGAUCACUUGAAUGAACUCUGUGCAAGUUGUGGUUCAAAGAAGUUUGAAGUUUCCCUGAAGAAAGCAGAAGAAACAAGUACCAAUCAUUCUUCUGGAAAAGGAAUGGUUCACACUGAAAGUUCAAUUGAGAUUAAUGAAAAGAGUGAUGCCACUGCCAAAAUCCAUACUAUUACUGCUGAAACUGGUGAAAAAAUAAUUAUGGGAAUGCAAUGGAGCUUGAGUGGUCAUGAUACAACUUUGAUAAGUCCACAUAGACCUGAAGUAGGCAGCCAGGAUAUGAUAGGUACAAUAAGUAGAGUUGAAAAUGCUGUGAGAAAUACAGGAUAUGGAAUCUGUAGUUUCCAAAAGAUCGAAGAAAUUGUGAAAGUAGUGCAAAAUGAACACAAAGAGACUAUAAUUACUGAAAGAGAAUUGUUUGUUGGUGAAAAAAAGUUACUUGAUGAGGAUUAUGAAGGAGAAUUUUUGGCGGAUGGUGCUUGUCAUCCACUUUCAGGCAGCAUAGAUGGUGAACGUGCAAAAGAUAAACAAAAUGACAUUGCAGAGGGAAGCUUUAACAAUGUUUCUGUUGAGACACAGGAGAGACAUAUCUGUGAAGUUUUUGAUGGAGAGGGAACUGAUGCUGUUUCAUCAGAAGAAAAGGAUAAUGAUAUAUUUGAAAGUGCUUCUCAUGUUGAUGUUUCUCCACAAUGUAUUUGUAACGAGAAAUUGGCAGUCAGGAAUGAUAUGCAAGAAAAAUUGGAGCCAGUUUGUAUGGAUAAUGUGAAUAGUAGGACCAAAAUUCCAGCACAUUUUUGGUCUCAAAAUGCAUUGAAGCAGUUGGAUAAUGCAAGUGAGGCAGUGAAGCAAGGUGAUGGAAUUGGGGAAGUCAAUGCUUUUAGUAAUGCCUGUCAAGCUUUUCGAUUAGAGGAAUUGACUUCAUCCAUUAGUUCAGAACCUUUUUCUAUGAGGCUUCACGAUCAUGUGCUUGUGGAUGGAGGAAGGAAUUGUGAGGGUGAAAUAGUUAUGGAUCAGCCUAACGACUUUGCUGCAACCAUGGAUAGAAAUGGAAUUAGUGCUAGUACAGAAACAGAUGUUGGACAGGAUGAUAAUAUGAUGGAGGAAAUAGCAAUAUCUGCCAUGAAAGUUAAGCUUGGUGACCAUGGUGGUCGCAAGGGGAAUGCAACGUCGUAUGAGACCAAUACAAGUGCAUUAGAGACAAUAUUUCAAGAAACUGAUGUUUCUGGGCUGGUGCAUACGAAAUUUCCAGAAGAGAUACCAAAUGCUUCUGUUGGAAGUACUCUACCAUUUGAAAAGGCAAACUGUGGUGAUCUUGAUGAUCAGAGUGAAGAGGUUGCACCCGAACGUGAUUGUAGCUCUUCCAUUGGAUUAGAUGGUUUGAGAUCAACUGUUGGCAUUAUUUUGGACAACAAUUCAAAGGUUGGCACACUGGAAAGCACUUUCAAUAGUAACGAUCCUCAAUCUAGAGCAGAAGUUGAAGACCCUGAUGUAAAUGAUAGUGGUUCAUAUGGUAUGUUGGAUUACAUCUCUGCAAACACUCAUGAUGUAGCAAAUGAAUUUAAUGCUGCUUUAAUGGUUGAAGAAGCAGGGUCUGAGGAUGGUGGAAAAACACCUGUUUCUCAUCAGAGAUCUUUAGGCAGCGGUAAACAAGAUGUCCCAUCAUAUGCUAAUUCACCUUGUAGCAAGCCUGAAACUAGUUUAGGUAGUUCUACUCUUUUAUGCUCGAGCAUCCUAGUGUCAUGUGCAGAAAAAGAAAAACUUCAUCCACAAGUUAUGGAUGAUGCCGAUGAUGUGGGGGGAACUAAAAUCUCUAUUGACCGCAAAGUUGAAAGGCGGGAAAGAAAUGGGUGCCAACUAAAUACUGGAGGUUUUAGUGAUGUAAUUGAUGGUUCCCUAGUAGAAAAGAUCAAGGGAGAUCCUGAUGAAAUUGCUGAAUCAAAGUCUGAUGAUUGUGAAGGCUCAGUAAAAACAGCCACAUUCAUGGAUGGCAAGGACAGUUUGGUUGUGAGUCAGCCUCCAUGUUUGGAUGAAAGCAAGAGUUGUGGUCUGGAGACUCAGGAACCACAUGGCUUCCAUUUGCAUGAUAAUAUAGCUGGUGAGUCCAGGGAAGUAGGAAGCUGCAGUAAAGUGGACAUUGUUUCUUUAGUGAAGCCUGAGUUGGUUGUCGAUUGCUUAUCCAUUUCCUCAAUUUGUGCUACUUCUGAUGAAGAACAUGAACGCUUGGAGAACCCUGAUGAAUCACAUAUCUUAACCAACAUGGAGAUGAGUUUGUCUUUGGCGGAUGAAGAUGAAGUUAAAGAACCAGAUGCAAAGGCUGGUGACAGUAAUCGUGCUGCUCUAGACAAGACCAUCACAGAAUGCAUUUCAAGUGACCUUAAAAAGGAGUAUGUUGCCUGCUCAGAUGCUGAGGAUAUAAAAUUCUCAGUGCAAAAGGGUGGUCCAGAAACAAUGGAGAUGAGAAAAGAUGUCUCAGGGCUGGAUGCAGAAAUGGCAGAUAAAUCUCCCGUACUAAAGAAUUCAGAAGUUGGUACAGCUGUUGAGCGUGAAGAAGCCUUCAGGUCCCAACUAAACUUGCUAUCAUCUCAAAAGAAAAAUGUGACUACCAAAAAGGAGGGAAGCAAGAGCGUGAGUGUGAAGCAAUUGACUUCGUCCAUACUGAAAAGUAAGAGCAAGUCUCGUUUGAGUCAAAGAACACCAAAGCGACUGAUAAUACAUGACAUGAAGGAGAAUGAGGUUAGCACUAAGAGGGAGCAAAUAGGCAACAUGACAACGCCAAAAGCAUCAUCCAAGAGGCGUCCUCUUGAGCUCUGGAAGUAUUAGACCUAACUGUUUUUUGUGCUGCUUUUGUAGAAUGGUUGACAUUUCCAUGAGAAUGGGGACAGGUAAGGUAAGGUAACCCAUUUUUCUACUACGUAUGAGCAUACCUCAUGCUUUGUUUGUUUGUAAAAUUGUGAAAAGAUUUGAAGUUUGUGUCGUGCACAUUGGGUUUUGUAGUCUGUUUUGAUUAUUUGGAAGCUCAGAUGUAUAACUUGCAAUGACACAUUAAUUUAUAGACUCUGUUUUAUUAUUAUGUAUUUCUAA